GGGCGAGCUAAACCCUCAUCCUUUCUGGUUUCUCAAGUCUCGUAAGCACACAAAUGGGGGCUCUGCGGCUUCCCUCUCUUACAUCCAUUUUCGCCAUCUCGUCUUCCCGUUCGUCGGUGUUUCUCCGCCGUAGCAAGCAGCUCCAUGUUCGGAAAUUCACUGCUACAACCAAAGUUUUCGCCCAGAGUACUCCUGCCACAGAGGUUGCUCCGGCUGAAUCGAACCAGAAGCCGCCAGUUCAGGAACAAGGCAUAACACCUCGUUCUCAGGAUUUCAAUGCUUGGUACCUUGAUGUCAUUUCCAUGGCUGAGCUCGCCGAUUACGGGCCUGUUCGUGGUACGAUGGUUAUUCGACCAUACGGUUAUGCCAUUUGGGAAGCUAUUCAGGAUUACUUGAAUGUUAAAUUCAAGGAGACUGGACAUAGUAACAUGUAUUUUCCACAGUUUAUACCGUAUUCGUUUAUAGAGAAAGAAGCGAGCCAUGUUGAGGGUUUUAGUCCAGAAUUGGCUCUUGUGACUGUUGGAGGAGGGAAAGAACUUGAAGAAAAACUUGUGGUUCGACCUACUAGUGAAACCAUUGUGAACCACAUGUUUACCCAGUGGAUUCAUAGUUAUCGUGAUCUUCCCCUUAUGAUCAACCAGUGGGCAAAUGUCACAAGAUGGGAGAUGCGCACCAAACCUUUUAUUAGGACUCUUGAAUUUCUCUGGCAGGAGGGGCAUACUGCGCAUGCCACUCCCGAGGAAGCAGAAAGGGAGGCGAUGCAGAUGAUUGAUGUCUAUACAAAAUUUUCUUAUGAAGAAGCUGCUAUACCUGUUAUUCCAGGUCGAAAAUCAAGGGUAGAGACAUUUGCUGGAGCAGAUAGAACUUAUACAAUUGAAGCUAUGAUGGGUGAUCGUAAGGCCUUGCAGGCUGGAACCAGCCACAAUCUAGGGCAAAACUUUUCUCGUGCUUUUGGAACACAGUUUGCUGAUGAAAAUGGCCAAAGGCAGCAUGUAUGGCAAACUUCCUGGGCUAUAAGCACCCGAUUUGUUGGUGGUAUCAUCAUGACCCAUGGAGAUGAUGCUGGAUUAAUGCUUCCCCCAAGGUUGGCUUCUAUACAGGUGGUAAUUGUACCGAUUUGGAAGAAGGCUAAUGAAAAGAAUGAAGUUCUUGAUGCUGCAUCGUCUAUCAAAGACGUUCUUCAUACUGCUGGGAUCAAAGUAAAGCUAGACGAAUCUGAUCAAAGAACGCCAGGAUGGAAAUUUAAUUUCUGGGAAAUGAAGGGCGUGCCUCUAAGAAUUGAGAUUGGUCCUCGCGAUGUUUCAAGUAGGAGCGUUGUGAUAUCUAGAAGAGAUAUUCCUGGAAAACCAGGGAAAGUUUUUGGAAUAUCUAUGGAACCUUCAGUUCUUGUACCUUAUGUCAAAGAAAAGCUGGAUGAGAUCCAAUUAUCCCUUUUGGAUAAGGCCAAGUCUUUUCGAGAUAGCAACAUUGUGGAUGUGAGCUCAUAUGACGAACUCAAAGAGGCAAUAUCACAGGGAAAAUGGGCAAGGGGUCCAUGGGUAGGAAGUGAUGAAGACGAACAGACGGUCAAAGAAGAAACUGGAGCAACCCUUAGAUGUUUUCCUUUCGAACAACCUCAGGGGCCAAAGAAAUGCCUGAUGACGGGCAGUCCAGCAGAUGAAGUUGCAAUUUUUGCUAAAUCUUACUGAUCACAACACAAGGCCAUAUCCGUAAUCAGCUGACCGAGCCCAACUGAUCGGUGGAGCUGUGUAUGAAAAGCAGAAUGAAGAAGAAAACAAGACAGAGAUAUGAUUAGGGAAUUGGAAAGGGAAAGCAGAAGGAACCAAAGCAACGAAGAUAGAAUAAUUUGCUUGCGAUGACACAUUUCUUAUUGUAUUUCUCUAAAUGCAAACAUUAUGAACGGUAUUUAUGCGUUGUGUCAUGUGUGAUACGAAGGUUUUGUUAUGGCAAAAGUGCAAAUUUUUAAGCGUCCAAUUGUUGGGCGAUGAA